UAGUCCAAAUUAGAAUUAAAUUUACAUAGAAAUAAUUUUUAUGUAAAAUACAGAAACAAAGAAAUCUUAUAUCGUGUGGAAUUAGUAACAAAUCAUUAAUGGUAGAAGUUAAGAGAACAAGUUGCUUAAAUAAAUUAAACGCUCAAUUUUCGUAUAAUGUUUAAUCCUGCAGAAUCAUGAGGUUAAUUCGAGUGUUAAUUUGUUCUUAAGGUUUGUGCUAAAAUUAUUCGGAAAGGCGAAUUAAUGGAUAAUAUAGAGAAAAAUGAUAUUAUAGUAGUUUGAACUCAAAACUCAAUUACCCCUUUAAGGCGAAGGAGAGAAGGAUAACGGUGCAAGUGUGAAUGAGUUGCUCACCGAAAGAGGAAUUUUGGCUGUCAUUUUCCUGCCCACAGAUUCAUUUUCUAAACCUUAUAACCUGAUUAACGCCUCAUUAAAUUAAGAGACCCGUUGUUUUAACCAAUUAGAUUCCUUUUCUUUUUUUCUUAAGGAAUGUUAUGUUAUCGCCAAUACAAUAUUUCUUUUCUUUCUAGUGUUGUUUGUGCCCAAACUAGGAAACUUUUUAACAUUCCACAGCUUCUUUUAUUUGUUUGGUUACUCCACUAUUUUAUAUCCUUUCAUCUUCUUACAUUCAUCUACUCUGACACAUAGGAAGUCCUUUCAAUAAGUUAAAGAGUUCUCUGCACGUCAUGGGAAAAUCAGCUUUGUCUCUUCCCCUCCUCAUUCUUGGUCUUUUAUUCAUACUGCUGCCGUCCAUCAAUUCAGGAGGAAUUGUGAAGCUGCCUAAUGCAGAGGAGAAAACCUGGUGUGUGGCAAAGCCAUCAUCAAGUGAAGCAGAAUUGGUGGCGAAUAUAAAUUUUGCGUGCGAUCAAUUGAAUGAUUGCAAGCUAAUUCAACCAAAUGGCACUUGUUACUAUCCCAGCAAUUAUAUUAACCAUGCUUCAGUGGUUAUGAACCUUUACUACCAGUCCAAGGGCAGAAACACAUGGAACUGUGAUUUCAAGAAUUCUGGUCUUAUCUCUAAGAAGGAUCCAAGUAUAACACACCAUCUCAUUGACAAAUGCUAUGGUUGCUGCAGCUAUCUUUAAUGGGUUUGCAAUACAAGGUGUUUGAGAGGCUUUUGAAGGGUUCAGUAUAGUUAAUAACAAAUGGUGGUGCAAUCCUUAAGCAUUUCUAUAAUUUCUUUGUCUGUUAGCAGCUAUGUUGAAUAUAAGAUAUUUUACUUUUGAAUCUUUUUGUGGAUUGAUUAUUUGAUCUUGAAGUUAAAAGACAAUUUGAGAGCUA